UUUCUUAGCUGGCUGUCCCCUUGUGGCGCGCAACGUUAAUCUGGCCCUCCACAACGGAAUCCAUGGAUGUGGCGUGCAAUUCUAUUGUAAACGGAGCUUGAUGCGUUCCCAUUUUAUUCGGAAUAGUAUUGAGAAUAAAUAAACAGGCGAAUUAUUAUGAACACGCACGUAUUUCCUCGUCCUCCGGCGGUGUUACAGGGCAAAGUGUUGACACACCCGUGCCCGCCGUACGCACUCUGCUGGACGGAGCAGUCCAUUUUGGCAGCCGGCUGCGACAAACGCAUCGUGUUCUACGCUCCACGCGAAGGGCGCGUGCAGCAGCAGUUCGACUACAGCCGGCAGCCGGACGAGCACGAGUUCGCCGCGGCGGCCUGCAGCCCCGGUGGACACGCCCUGGCCGUCGGCAGCUACGACAGAGUCCGGGUGUUCACAUGGAGCAGCAACAAACGAGCCUGGGAUGAGGCGAAGCCCAAGGAGCUGCAGAAUGCCUACACCAUAUCCAGCCUCGCCUGGAAGCGAGACGGAUCGAGGCUCGCAGUGGGAACGCUGUGCGGUGCCAUUCUGAGCUACGAUUGCAGCCUGCGCAAGACGCUAUACAACAACAAAUUUGAGAUCACCUUUGUGGGGCCGAGUCAGGCCCUGAUUGUGAACCUGGCGACGAAGACGAAGAGCACGCUGAAGUCCCAGUACGGCCACGAGAUACAGGAUAUAAAAAUCCUGGGCAGGGACCGCUACCUAGUGGCAUACACAGCGGCCACGCUGUUGCUCGGCGAUUUGCUCCAGGACAAGUUCUGCGAGGCAAGGGCAGACUAG